AUGUGGCAAAUUUACCAGGUACAUCUCUGUGGUGGAACAAUUUCUUUAAUAGCAGCAUUGCUUAUCGGCCCAAGAAUUGGACGUUUUCCUGAGAAGGAAGCUAGGCAGAAAAAUAAAGUUAAAAAAGGAAAACAACAACGAAUCACACCUCUGAGGAAUGUCGGGACAGAAGGAAAAUUACCAAAAAUUGCGGAAAUUAAGGGGCAUUCAGUACCUUUUGCCUCUCUUGGAGGAUUUAUUCUAAUGUUUGGAUUUCUUGCUUUCAAUGGAGGAUCAACAGGAGAAAUUUCAACUAAAGGUGUUGGACAAAUAGUAGCCAAAGUUAUGGUUAAUACUAUUUUGUGUGGGGCUUUUGCUGCUUUGUCUUAUUUGUUUGUUCAUUUUAUCAGAAAAGGAAAGUGGACAAUUUUGUUGACAAUUAAUGCGUGUUUAACUGGUAUGUUUUUAAUAAAUUCUGAUUUUGUUGUUGUUUUGAACAAAAAUAAAAUCAGAAUAAAAUUAAAACAUACUCAAAACAAAACAUAG